UUGUCUCUGUUCUCCAUUCUUUGCGCCUUGCGGUUUUUAUUUUUGUGGUGACAGCAUAGCGUUCAAGUGCAAGUGACAGUUGUAACUUGUGAUUCAUAAAAAUGGCAGAACUAAUAUCGGUGCCGUUAAAGAAACCGAGCGAAGUUGACAUCGUUAAGCCGCUAAAAAACUUGAUCCAGUCCAGGUACAGCACAGCAGACAAACCGGAAGACUGUUCAGACGCAAUAAAUGAGUUCUCAAAGCUUAGAAACAACGCUAUAUGGAAGGCCUUUGAGAAGUAUGAGAGUUCACUGGAAAUUAUUUAUGGUUAUUAUGAUCAAAUAGUGAGCCUGGAAAGCAAAAUUCCUUCACAGGAACUCCAGGUUCCAUUUAAGUGGAAAGAUGCUUUUGAUAGAGGAAAUAUUUUUGGAAGCAGGAUGAGUUUGACAAUUCCUUCACUGAGCUAUGAAAAAGUUUGUGUUUUGUUCAACAUUGCAGCCCUGCAAAGUGGUGUGGCUGCAGCACAAAGUAUGGAAAGUGAUGAUGGAUUGAAAUUCGCAGCUAAAUUGUUACAGCAAGCCUCAGGAAUCUUCAACCACUUAAAAUCCACAGUGAUGCUCUCAAUCCAGCAAGAUCCUACACCGGAUUUGAAUCCAGAUACACUGGGAGCACUAUCUCAAUUGAUGUUAGCACAGGCUCAACAAAUAUUCGUCCACAAAGCCAUUCAUGACAACAUGAAAGAUUCAAUAGUUGCGAAAUUGGCCUCGCAGUGUGAAGACCUGUACGCAGAAUGCCUCAAGGUAUUCCAAAGGGAAAAUUUGAAGCCUAUAUGGGACAAGGAUUGGGUCCCUAUAAUUGCAGGUAAACAAGCAGCUUUGGGCGCAGUUGCUGAAUUGUAUCAAAGUCUAGUCUGCAAAGCCAACAAGAACAUUGGCGAGGAAAUUUCACGUCUUCAGCGUUCUACCGAGUUGUUUAAAGCUGCCCAAUCGAGAGCAGGUAGGGCAUUGUUUGAAGAUUUGGCCUCCAAAGCUGAAAGGAACCUGACCGAGGCCAGGAAGGAUAACGAUUUUAUCUACCAUGAGAGGAUUCCGGAUAUCAAGGCAGUCGAUCCCAUAGGAAAGGCACAACCGGCUAAAGUCCUUCAGUUGUCGCACCCAAUGAGCCAGAACUUCAAAGAUCUGUUCAAUGAAUUGGUGCCCGUCCCAGUGCACCAAGCUUUGGCAUCCUAUGAUUUGCGUAAAACUGAAAUUGUCAACACGGAAAUCACUAGAUUAAGGGAGGCUACUCAGCAGUUGAAUGGGCUGUUGGCAAGCCUGAAUCUGCCGGCCGCUAUUGAAGUUACUGGAGGGGGCAGCGACGUACCCCCCUCCAUUCUGGAAAAGGCCAGCGUUGUUAGCUCAAUGGGAGGCAUUUCGGAAGUGGAGAGGAUGAUAACGGAGUUACCCGAGUUGCUCAAGAGGAACCAAGAUAUCUUAGAUGAGACUGACAGGAUGUUGAAUGAGGAGAAAUCCGCGGACGACGCCUUAAGGCAACAAUUCAAAGAGAAGUGGACGAGGACCCCCUCUGACAAAUUAACCGGUACAUUCAUUUCCAACGCGGCCAAAUACAGGCAGAUAAUCAACAACGCUGUCCAAGCCGAUAAGGUUGUCCGUGAUAAAUUCGAGACCCACAAGUACUUCAUGGAACUGCUGAGCGCCGGUCCCGGUUCCAUAGAGGCAGCUCUGCCCAGCGGAACUUCCGGAAAUGUGGCCGAUAGUUCGUCUGCGGCUACUUUGAGACAACUUAUGGAGGAAGUUGAAACGGUGAAAGCGGAGAGGGAAGCGAUCGAGUCCGAGUUGAAAAGCGCCACCACCGACAUGAAGGAUAAGUUCCUCUCGGCUUUGGCUAAGGACGGGGCUAUAAACGAACCGGCUAUUUCUUUUGAAAUUUUAGGUCAGACGUACGGUUCCUUGCAGAAACAAGUCUCUGAGAGUAUUGAGAAGCAGACUUUGCUGAUUAACAGAAUUAAGGAUUCUCAUACUCAGUUCAUGUCUGAGACCGGAUCGACGACUGGCGGAAGAGAAAAGAUGUUGAGCCAGCUCGCUUCCGCCCACGAUAUUUUCAGAGACCUCCAGAAUAACUUGAAGGAGGGCACAAAGUUCUACAAUGAUCUAACUCAAAUGCUGGUCACCUUCCAAAAUAAAGUGACGGACUUCUGCUUCGCCAGAAAAACCGAGAAGGAGGAGCUGCUCAAAGACCUCACGCAAGCGUCCAGCAGGUCGGGUCCGGCUCCAACUCCUACCACCCCCAGCUAUUACGGUACAGAGCCAAAGAGGGAGGCUCCCGCAGCGCCAACCCCGUCUACACCUUCUGUCCCGAAUCCCACUGCGCAAGUACCGACAACACUGCCUUAUCCAGUGUAUGUGCAGGGGAUGCCCGUGCCAUUUGGAGCUUCCAGCAGCGCUCCGUACCCAGCGUACGCUCCUCCGCCGAUGCCGCAGGGUUACAACCCGUACGGUACUAUGCCUUACCCAACAUCUUAUCAAUUCCCGCAAGGUCCUCAAGGGUAUCAGGGCCAUCCAGUCAGCGGAUACCCGCAGCCCGGUCAGCCAGGCCAGCCGGGGUAUCCCAAUCAACCGGGCGGUUAUCCAAACUGCCCUCCCGGAACUUUCCCACCGGGAUCUUAUCCAUCCAACCCUAACCCAUGGUAAAUCCGAAUACGAUAAAACUACUGUCCCUUAUAAUUAGCGUUAUCGGUUUUUAUGUGACCAGAUUUUAGGCGAAGGUUAAUUUCAUUUUUGAUAGGGGAAUACCGUAACAACCAUUAAGCAAAAAGUAACACGAAUAAAAUGAGAAAGUAAUAAUAUACGGCCUUAUAAUAUUGUGAUAUGAUUUGGGGGGGUUUCUACGCAAAAGUCUGAGUGUGUCUAUCUGGUCAUGUAAGAAUUAGGUUUAUUUUAGAUAGAUGCUAUUACCUAUUAUGAAUAUUAUCAUUAUUAUUAUAUCAAGUCGUAAGUAGUUACGUGUAUACUUUUAUCCAACUAAAAAAAUUAUGUGGUUACUGAAAUUUUUGUAAAUCGUUUACUAUAUUGUUAAUUUUUUAAUGUUGAAUAUUUUUGUAUGAUUAUGUACUGCGGCACGGGCUCGUGCCUAUUUAAAUAUAAAUAUUAUAUUAAGUAUGCCUAAUAAAGCAAA